CAGCAGGCGAGUCCAUGAACCGGAUGAUACCGGGAAAAACCAACUGGAGAGAAGCAAGAGGAAACGUAGCGAGACGGCAAAAGAUAUUUGCAGGGGUACCGGACGUAGACAUGAGUAAAACUUAUGGCACAACGAUUCAAGCGUACUCUCUCACGCAACUGACACGCGCUCCGUUCUCCUUAUACUGAUACCAAUUCUCUCUUUCAAUUCAAAAUCCACAAUUCCUCUCACGUUCUCUGAGUGUAGAGGUUUGAUCAAUGGCACUAUGUGGAUUUUCAAUGAAUCCAAGUCUAGAAAGUGUUGAAGUAUGGCAUUUUAAUGGUAAUUUGUUGAAAACGCUGAUUAGGCCUAGUUGCCUACGUCUCAAUCGGAAGUCACCUUGCUCUGCUAGGAGACAAUUUCAGGAAGUAAGGUGCUCAUCCUUCAGAAAAGCCGUAUCGCCAAUGGAAUCAGAAGAGAAUGCUCCAACUGGUACACCAAUUUCUGGUGAAGAUGAAUCAGAGCAUGUGACAAGGUUCAAGAUGUCUGAUUUUAAGGUUCUUGAUCGUGUCAGCGUUGGCCUUGCUGGCCGGGCAGAUGAGGUGGUUUUUGAAGCUGUAGUGAAGGAUUCUGGAAGCUGCAGCCCUUUGUAUAACUCAAGAGUUGUGCUUCGACGACUUACUAGUGCUCGAGCUCAGCGUAGGGGAAGGCGAGCGAUAGAGGUGUUGAAAAAGCUUGUUCAUCGUAGAAUCCUCUACCAUUCUUAUUCCAUGCAAGUUUAUGGUUGCAUCUCGUCACAUACAAGUGGUGCCCAAAGCUCAUUCACUCUGGUCCAUGGGUACCACGGUAGCUUUUCAUUAAGACAUUGGCUUCAACAAUCUGACUGGCUUCCAACUUUAGAAGCAACUCUUGCAUUGGAUGAAGAGUCUGUUAGGAGGGUGGGAGAUGACUCAGUUGGGGGACCUGCAGUUACUCGACAGUUGCGGCUUAUUAGAAUAUUGAUGAGGGACCUCUUAAUUGGAGUAAAUUACUUGCACAGCCAUGGGAUUGCACAUACGGAGUUAAGGCUGGAAAAUGUGCAUAUAAGCCCUGUUGAUAGACAUAUUAAGGUGGGAAUACUGGGAAAUGCUGCUGACUUCUAUGAUGAUGGUCCCAAUGGAAGUGCACUUGAUGGCAAUAUGGAUAGGAGGCAAAUGAUGAUUGCAUUCGAUAUGAGGUGUGUUGGAUUUAUGAUGGCAAAGAUGGUGUUAAGAGAACUUAUGGAUCCCCUAAUAUUUGCAAAGCUCAAAUCUUUCCUUAUGAAGGGAAAUGAUCCCUCAUGCUUGCGUGAAUUUCUUCUGCCAAUACUCACUAGGAACUCCCCAAAUGGAAAUGUUGGACUCCAGAUACUUGAUAGAAACUGGGGUGCAGGUUGGAACCUUCUGUCCUUGUUGCUUGCAGUCAGACCUUCUAAAAGAAUAAGUUGCUUAGAUGCUCUUAGGCAUCCAUUUUUGUGUGGACCGAGAUGGCGGGUGUCCCCAUCCAUGGAUAUUAUCAGAUGGGGUCUUGGGUCCACGGCAGUGAGAAUCACAGAGGAGUAUAUCUAUCGCCAAUCUCAGAGUGGUAGGCUAGCCCAUUUUAUUGAAUUAAUGGAGAUGUUGAAUCCUCAUUCAAGGCCAAAGAACUGGCUGGAGUUGUUGCCAGGGAAAUGGCGUCUAUUAUACUCUACUGGGAGGCACAUAGGUUUAACUCUUCGCCAACCUCCAGUCCGCAUCCUCAUUGGUGAUGCACACCUAACAAUUGUAAAAGCUUCUAAGUUAAACACAAGCCUAUCUAUCGUGUCCGAAAUUGGUUUUACAGUCAUGAUGGGACAGGAUUGGCCCCAUGACAAAAGCGGUAUCAGUGGGAAAUUGCAAGUGAACUCUUUGUCUAGUUUAAAAGCUGGGAGGCGAUUAUAUCUUAAGGAAAAGGCCACGGAAGGAUUCUCUUUGAGACAAUCAAACUCUGAGGACUCCUUAGUUGGGAAACUAUCUAGUAGAAAAUGGAGAAAAGCAAUACCCCUCAAGGAGUUCCCAUCAAGUCUUCCUGUUGCUAAACUCCUUCCAGAUGAUAUCGAGGUGUCAAUGAGUCUCAAUGACCCAUUGACACAGAAUGUUGAUGUUGCAAGAAACAUAGUUCAGGAAAUUCGGACACAGGUUCCCCCUGAAAUGUUUGAAUUGUCAAAUCUUGUGUGUGGAACAUAUGUUGACUCAAGGAUGCUUGUCCUCCGUAGUGUAAAUGGCUCAGCACUCAUAUUUACUAGGUCUUGUGCAGAUGAAAGAUGUGCAUAACAAUAAUAUUAGAUUUUAACUGUUUAUUGAACUGGUACAGUUUAGUUAAAAGUAAUUGAAAACCAACUUCAGUUUGAAAA